UCAUUAUAACAUGUAAAUAACAAAACGCUGUUUUUUAAUUGUAUAAACUCAAAAAAUGCACUUUCGUAAUAUGAAAGAUUUGAACGUUGCUUGGACACUGUUGUGGCAAAGAGAAUACUAAAACAUUAUACGCUUUAUUGGAUUAAAAGUUACUGCUGUUGAGUUUUUACUUCGAUAAAGUGAGAUGCUAUCGAGUUGUAUUUGAGAGAUGUUAGCACAACUUGAAGCCUCAAUUGCCGAUAUCGAUGAUCGGUAUUACCGAUUUUUCCAUCAGCAACGAUCAUUCGCCGAGGCACUCACGAAUGCGCGCAGUGGCCUGUAUGUCCCGGAAGCAGUCAAGAGCUUGAAUGAAGUGAGUCAAUUUCUGAACAGUGGAAAGUUAGAGCGUAGCAAUGAUGUCCGAAUCGUGGAAAACUUCCUGGUGAUGUGCGAUGACUUGGAAGGUCUUCGGAAAGACAUGAAACGAUAUCUGAUCGACUGUCUGGAGAUAAAACCAGAUCUGAAGCACCUGAAACAGACUAAAAAUCUGAUGCACUCUAUGAACAAGUGGAGAACAAUGCUUGACCCUGAGUUCGAUUUCUCGGAACUGAGAGCAAAAUGGCCGCAUUACAACGUCCAAAAACUGAGUUCAGUCGAGGCGAAACUUCUUUACGCUGGAAUUGUAUCCUUCCUGCCUAUUUUGAUCGACACCGUCAAAAUAGCUUUCAAAUACCUGAAACUGAUCGACAAAAAAUCAGUUUGGAAUCAAAACCUAAAGCAAGACGAUCAGAGUUUCCAAGAAAUAACAGCAAGAACAGAUGCGAGUUCUCAUCUAUCCAACACACUUGCAUGUUCCAGACAGUCUUCAAGAACCCACACCACCAACACCCUGGAAAAUGGGACUCUGGAUGGAGAACUGGAGGUGCAGAUGGAUCAAACAAGCCGCCCUGUGACUGUAGCGUCAGUUUCUCACAAGUCUGGCUCCCAUAAGGUGUCCGUACCACUUUCUAGAAAGUCAUCAGACCGAGCGAGCAAAACUGCUUCUUCAGCUCGCAGUGGAUACUUUAGCACGAGCGUCAGACAAAGCAGGCCGAGCUCAAGAGUGGAACUGGCCAGGUCAAGGCUUUCAGCGAAGUCGGGCUCUGGAAUGGCGUGCAUUGAUAUUUUGGUCGAUGAGGGAGUGGCGCAUGGCGAAGCAGAAGUCACGACUCCCAAACCAUCUCGCGGAGUAAUUCGCAAGUCUUGCCGGCUUUCCGCCACCCCUGCCUUCGACAGCAAAACACCACUGAGCACCCUGAGACAAAGACUGAAAUCGAACCCCAGUGACAUUUCAGUCAUCCAAGAGAAACUGAGAUCGCUGUAUUCGAACAGUGAACAUGGUACAAGAAGUAUUCCAGAUUUCGGGGUUCAAGUGGUGAACAAAACCCCCCCGCCAAGGCAAACGGCAAGAAGUGGAUCGAGAGGUGAAUCUGCAGCAUGGAAAAAGAGUGAGAUAAGGUUUACACCGCCAACUACUCGGAAUCGGCCAGUCGGGAGCUGGGGAACAUUGUCUGCAAUGUCUGUUGUGAACAGUGGUCGCGGCGGCGGCGGCGGCGGCGGCGGCCAUGAUGAGGCACAGGAACAGGAAGUUGAUUUUGUCCACAGAUGGCCCUCUAAAGAUAACCUCCAUGGACAUAUGAGUAGGACGCCAUCAAAAGAUGAGAAAAAAUCAGGUUCUGAUCCCGUGUCUGAAUUGAAAACAGAAACAACCAAGAAUGGUGCCAGAAGUAAUCAGAUGAGUUGCAAACGAAGAACUACAGCCUUGUCAUCUCAGCACCUGUCACAACUCUUAGGCCUCCCCAUCAAGUCCAGAAGUGAAUCCGGGGCGCUUCUCAAACAAGUAGAAGCAAAAAAUGAGCAAAAGCAAAAGAGUGAGGCUAUUUGCUCUUCAAUUAUGAGUCUGAAGAGUAAAUUGGCGGCGGCGGCGGCGGCGGUGGAUGAGAAAGACCGAGACGUACUGCUUCUUUCUCCUACAGGCGGAAGUUUUCACAGCAACAGCACUUCACAUAAGUUGACUGUUCCUCGAACAAGAGGAACGGAUAGAAUGUGGCAACCUUGAUUCGUUUGUUAAAAAUGAACGAGCACAUGUAUCAAAAAUAUGACAAGGUUGUACAAACAUUUCGACGACAUUAGUAAAUCAUUACGUGAUUUCAAGACUAUUUUCAAAUUAAAGUUUAUGAUUUGAAGUUUAGAGAGCAAGGUUCACUAUUGAGCUGAUUAUCAUGUUUUAGUUUUUUGAUAUGUCUAAAAGUGAUUGCUACACAAUUACAAACGUACAUAAAUUCA